AAAUUCUGAACACAUUCCCAAUAGUAAUAACAUUUGUGAUCAAGAAAAAGUUGAUGCUGGUAACACUCUCAACGAAGAAAAUAAUAACAAUUCUGAUGGAUCAUUUAUUGUGAAUGAAAAUGUUGCUAAAUGUAGAUAUGUAUACAAGGCAUGUGAUAAAUCUGAUCAUAAUGUUCGAAAAUGUAAAUCUAAAGAGUAA